AGCUUGUUUUUAAAAAAUGAUUAUAAUUAUUAUUUCAUUGCUCUUUCAUAUGUGUUAUCCCAUGGUUCUCACAUCAGUCCGAUAAGGUAGGUAUUGAUGUUACUACACCGUUUUAUAGUUGAGGAUAUCCAGAGUCAGAUGAAAAGUGACCCUGGAGGUCUCUUGGUGAGUGAAGGAACUGGAUGUAAUCUGGUUUUUAAAAACUCAUAACCCCGUACUCCCCUACCUCAUUCUCUCUGGUCACCUCUAAACUUCAUCCAUUGUGGCACAGAGGAAAGAGUUCCCACCUGAGUGUUUGGAGACCUGGAUUCUGAUUCUGACUGGGUCAUUGCUGGCUCUCUGGUGGUGAGCAGUCACUGAAGUCUCUGGAUGUCAUUUUCCUGCAAGAGGCUACAGAAUUUGAUUUCUGCAGUUUCUAUGCAGCUUCAGAAUCUCUAUUCAGAGCCUUAAGCAGGGUUUGUGUCAGCUCUGUAGUGCUCCCUGCAACGUAGAGAAGAGGUGAGAAAGAAUGUUCCCGAGCCUUUACAAGACUGGAUUCUCUGAUCGCUUCUUGAGCCGUCAUUUUUCAGUCUGUUCUUUUAAACUCAUCAACAGGAGUAUUUGAGCCAAGCUCUCCGGUGGUUUCAGCCCGGGACUGAUGGACACGCUGAUUGCAUCCCCAUUUGCCCCCAAAGAAGCGACAGCCUCCUCGCAUGGGCCCGUCCGUUGUCAUCAUGCUUUUUGGAACAGGGCAGAAGUGAACAAGUAUUACUCUACCCUUCGCUUAGGUGUUUUAACUUACGGCAGGAGGUUGAGAACAGGAAGGGGAGAACGGUGGGAAAGUAUGUUUUAGUCUACCUCCGUGGUUAACUCUGUCAGCUAAUCACAGAUCAAUUUAGAAAACUGUGGUAUACUAAGACAAGUGUGAGUACAUCUGACUAACAUUAUAAAGGAAAAAACCCUAUAACUAACACCGUCUACCAUUACCAUUGUUGUGUACAAGAAAAUAAAGAAGUUGGAAUGCCGAACUCCCAGCAGGGAGAAAAGGGCAGGUCUUCCUGGGUAAAGAGAAUUGGCAGCCUUAUACUGACAUUUCCCCCUGGACUGGUGAAAAACCUCACCCGUGACCUCAGCCUGCACUUGGGAAGCUCUGCUCAGCCUGGUGACUGGAGCUUGUCAUUCACAGCCGUCCUGGUAGGAGGCAAGAAGCGAAACCCUGGCCUUAAAAUCCCGAAAGAAGCAUUUGAACAACCUCAGACCAGUUCCACGCCACCUCGAGAUUUAGACUCCAAAGCUUGCAUUUCUAUUGGAAAUCAGAACUUUGAGGUGAAGGCAGAUGACCUGGAGCCUAUAGUGGAGCUGGGCCGGGGGGCGUACGGGGUGGUGGAGAAGAUGCGGCAUGUGCCCAGCGGGCAGAUCAUGGCGGUGAAGCGGAUCCGGGCCACAGUAAAUAGCCAGGAGCAGAAAAGGUUACUGAUGGAUUUGGAUAUUUCCAUGAGGACCGUGGACUGUCCUUUUACGGUCACCUUUUAUGGCGCACUCUUCCGUGAGGGGGAUGUCUGGAUCUGCAUGGAGCUCAUGGACACGUCCCUAGAUAAAUUCUACAAACAAGUGAUUGAUAAAGGCCAAACAAUUCCAGAGGACAUCUUAGGGAAAAUAGCAGUUUCUAUUGUAAAAGCAUUAGAACAUUUACACAGUAAGCUCUCUGUCAUUCAUCGAGAUGUCAAGCCUUCCAAUGUGCUCAUCAACACCCUGGGCCAGGUGAAGAUGUGCGAUUUUGGGAUCAGCGGCUACCUUGUUGACUCUGUCGCUAAAACUAUUGAUGCAGGAUGCAAACCGUACAUGGCUCCCGAGAGAAUAAACCCAGAGCUCAACCAGAAGGGAUACAGCGUGAAGUCCGACAUUUGGAGUCUGGGCAUCACCAUGAUCGAGCUGGCCAUCCUUCGGUUUCCCUAUGACUCGUGGGGAACCCCUUUUCAGCAGCUCAAACAGGUGGUGGAGGAGCCGUCGCCACAACUCCCCGCAGACGAGUUCUCCGACGAGUUUGCCGACUUCACCUCGCAGUGCUUGAAGAAGAAUUCCAAAGAAAGGCCAACAUAUCCAGAGCUUAUGCACCAUCCAUUUUUCACCCUACACGAAUCCAAAGCGACAGACGUGGCAUCUUUUGUAAAAUCGAUUCUUGGAGACUAAAAACAAUGGACUCCAUCAGUUGACCCUCCUGUGGAUUGGGAAAUAAAACCUGAAUUCCAGAGCCUUCAAAAUGAAACUAUCCUUCUGGGGGAAGCAUAUUGCCACCAAAUACACCACUCACCACCUGUUCCUGGUGUCUGCAAAGAAGAUGUGUCAUUUUUCUGAGGUUUAGAGAGUCUGUGUUUACAGGUCUACAAAUAUCAUUCUACCAUUGCAGGUUUUCUAAUGGAGCCAUUUGGAAUCAAGACUUCAGCUGGGGUUUAUCUUUUCAGUUCCUGACCCAAACUCCUUUUGCAAGCAACGUUUCUCUAAAAGCUUUUUUUGUAUCUGAGGGAAGAGAACUGAGGGAAGAGAACUGGGCCUCAGAAAAAACAUAAAGCAAGGUCAAGGACUUUGUGAUAGGGAUUCUUUUCUUUAAAAAGAAGCCGACAGCACCUCAUAACACAAACAUGUGUUAACAGAAUUUAAAAAUAUCCAGCCUUGUUCCCUUGGACUGUCAGUAUCUUGACAUCACUUGUAUUUGUCAUUUGAACUAGGAUAUCAAGCCCUUUAUUCUUGGGAGUUUACAGUUUGAUUUUGGGAGAUUUGCACUGUAUUUCUUUCUUACAGUUGUCAGUAUGGACAUAUGUCUCUGUGGACAGUUAAUCUUGACACACGUGAGCUUUGCCCAGGUCACACUUUUGCAUUUCUGGGUUUCAAGGUCUCUUUCGAGGAAUGAGGCUAAUGCUCUUAUGACUUGGAGACUGAGUUCAGGGAAAGCACGGGGCAGUUUAAGGCACUUACUUGUGUCUUAAUAUAGGAGAAAACAAAACAGAACUUCCUAAGUAAUCCCCAGGGUUUGUGGUUUCGGCCAGGCCAUCAGGGUCUUUUCUGUUUUUCUUGAGUGCAUUUGCUUGCUAUUCCUCUGCCAUUUACAGAUGCCCUGGGCUGACUUAACACUUCUGUGGAAAGGAAGUGAUCCAACCAUUUUCAUAUAUCAAAAGUCAGAAUCAGCAGUUUUGCAUUGGUCUUGCCUACACGGACUCUAUUGUUCUCAGAUCGUGAAAUGGUGAGGGACAGCUAAGAGAACUUGUAGCAAAGCUCUCAUUCACAGUAUAAGACCUUAUAAUAAAACUUCCAUUUGGCCUUUAAAGAAGAGCAGCUGGGUUGGAUAUGUCUUCCUCCGAAGUCAUAUUCUACUGUGGCCAGAAAUUAACAAUUAGCAUCAUUUGGUCACUACCAGUGUUUUUGUGUUGGAGCCUGCAAGCUAUUUCAACAGAGCAAGUCAAGCCACUGCCCUAGGGGAUUGUCACUGGACUUUGUAGUUUAAGGCUGAACAGUGAUGUGAAAUUGUGCUUGGGGGCUCGAAGAAAAGAUAAAUGCAAAGGGCUGGCACCCCAUGGAAGAGCAAGCUGAUAAGAGAAGCAGACAGAUAUAUCCCUUAAUUUAUUUUCAGUAAUACUAUAAAGAUGAUCUCCUACGGGAAAAUCCAUCAAAAAACCAAGCCUUUAUUAUUUUUUUUUUUCUUCAAAAUACUGAACUAUAAGAGGAUUCAGAGAGUGGCAUAAAUUUGGAUAUCAGAAAAUUUUCUCUUGUUUCCCUAGUGUUACUGAUUCUACAGAGACCAUUUAAACUGAUGGCACCCAGAAAAAAAGGUAGAUGAUUAGAGGGGUGAUAAAGCAUUUUGAGAGCAUGCAACCCAUCUAUCAGCUGCCUUCUGGGUAAGGAAAAAUGAAUACAAACCCGAGCCUCCUAACGUUUAGUUCCGGGGGAAACGUUUUUAAGAAAGGUGGACACCGAAGGUUAUCUGACGAGCAUACUUUUCUCACAAUGCAGAGAACCAUGCAUGUUCACAGAAGUACACUACAGGUCUUCACCAGAAGAGCUAGAAUUUAUAAUUUAAAACAAACACUCAAAGCUAGUUUGAAUUUUCAGAAGCAGUGUGGAAGAAGUGGUUGCUCUAUUUUCUUUUCUUCUGAUCUCAAGUUGCCUAUUGUAUGUUCAAUUCUCGGGGAGGUAAGAGUUAAGGGCACAGAAGUUGUUUCCAGACUAUAUUCAUUGGUGCUUCUGGGGGGGGGGGGGGGGUCUCUUGUCAAAGAGGGAGGGAAGAGAGUGUGAUAAAGGUCAACCUUGCCUAUCUAAAACCCCUGUCAAACUCCAAUCAGAAUAUCUGGCUAUCAAUAUUGUUCCCUUUAACUGGAAGUCUCUGUGGCUAUUAAAGUCUUGGGCACUUAGGAUGAAAUGACCCAUUGAGGACCACAAACAGCCCAAGAAUCUGGGAGCUGUCUUCAACAGUAUCUGUGUGUCCCUGAUGUUUGCUGUCUUGAGUAUGCUAACGGGGCUUGGAAGCGGAAGGGCAAGAGAGGGUCAUGUAUUUGCAUUUUUAGGCACGCAUCAUUUGAAAGAAAAUGCAGACACUCAUCUGUGACAGCCACGCAUAUAGAUCCUUCAGUUGGUUAUUACUGUAAAGUGGUUGAGAGUAACCUGACCUCAGUGACAAGGAAGUGGUGUCACUGGGAUCUUGAUGGGCAGUGGAAUUUCUAAAUUUCUACAUUUGCAGAGGCGGGAACUGUCAUUUUUGUUCAUUGACACAUAGGAAAAAAAUAAAGCUCUUUGGACAGUGUUAGCACAGGGAAGGGUGCGUUCUGAGGCUCAAGCUGAAGGCCCCCACUGCUGGGUUUUACAAAGGUUGCACGUGGAGAACAGGAGUGGGUCCCUGGGGAAGCCCUUGGGAGCUGGAAACUGAGAUAGUGUACCUGUCGUGAAUGGAACGCAAGGGAACAUUCAGACAUCAGACGGACCGUAUCAGGUGACUUCUGCACACUCAUCAAAAAUCUGCGGUGAAUUCUGACAGUGGUACCUUUGCCAUCAAACCAAAUUUAACAGCUGGGGUUCCACAGCAGCCAUUUCAGAACUAUUUGUGUCAAAAUGUUACAUUUGACAACAAUUUGUCGCGUUCGCAGCCAAUCUCUGUGUGAAAGCCACCCGAGGAGGCUCGAUUAAGAAAAUUCAGACAAUUUAUCCGUCAUCUUAUCCAUGUGUUUGUUUUAUUCUCUAGUCUCAAAUUUAUUUUCUGAGUGGAGUGAUUUUUCCCUAUGAACUGGAAUGAUGAAGUGAUGUUUUAAUAAAAUAGGUAUUUUUAGAGGAAAAAUGUUUUCCUUCUGUAAUUAACUUCCACAAUUGGGACAUAUUUCCUACGCUACGGAAUCAUCACAUGGGGUCAUUUAAAGCUGAAAGAGGGGUUGGGGUAUAUCAACAGUUCAAAUUGUUUAUUUAAAUACAUGAACAUUUUUCUAUAUAUUUUGUGAAAAUAUUGAUGAGAUGCUAGAUAUAUACCUACUAUAUGGAAUUGAACUUUACAAGAACUUUAGUUUUAUAAGUGGGGUUCCCAGCUUCUUUUACUGCUGAAAAUGCUGCUUUCAUUUAUAAAUCUGGUUUCAUAUGGAAAAAAAAAAACCCCACCUUUUUCUUACCUUGUGUGAAUUUUAUGAGAGACCUUUUUUUAUUUGUAUAUAUAUGAUUGAUUGUUUUCCUGUGUUGCACCCCAGCUUUGGUGUUAAGCCAUGUUUACUGUAAAGACAGCUGUUGGGCAAGCGGAAACAUGCCUGGUCUUUACAGUCCCUUGAUGCUAGAAGAAAGUAAUUCUAGAUGCUAGUUAGGAGGCCCUGCUAUCUCUUCCUGGAACCUGAUAUAUUCUGAAAGGAGAUCGGAGAGGUUGUCACCCCUAUCCUUCGAAACCCGUCUCUGGCACUGCGUCUCUGGAGAGUGUGAAAUAGAAGACUGACUCCCAUUUUGUGGAUCCCCUCAUCUUUCCUGCCAUGUAGAGCACACUGCUGCCUUUCCUGGUGAACUUCAUCUCUUCUCUGUGGAUUGCCAUAUCUUUUCUUUAUGGCUGAGGUGGGCUGGGCCGUAAAGUAUGGAAUUCAUUAUAAGUUUAUACAGUAAAGACCUCUGAAGACUGUGGGUAGAAUGUUUCCAUGCCUUUGAGGUGCAUGUUACAUCUCUGUUUUGGCCUUGGGGACUUUUUGCUUGUGAGCUGAAGAAGGAAAGAAGAACUCGGGGGUCUAUCCCUAACUCUGUGUUUUUCUACAUGGGUAUGUGUGGGGCAGCCUCCUUAAGGGGAAAACCUUCCUAACCAUUGUAUAGGGAAAGGGGAAUUAUGAAUAUCAAUUGAUAACUUCCAGGCAAAGCUUCAGUAGUGUAUUUAAAAAUACCUGUUUUGAGGGGACAUGUACCUUUUGUCGUCUUUCCCGUGUCAGCUUUGGGGGGGCAGGCGUUUUCAUUUUAGCCUAGCUUUCCUGCUACCCAGGUUGUGUGCAUUGCUGCUGUUGUUUUCGUUUAAACUACCGCUUAUUGUAAUUGGUGAUGUUAUCUCAAAAUCUCGAAACCAAGGAAAUAUUGGGUUGGCCAAAAAGUUCAUUCCCGGAAGCUAAUGCGCAGGACUUGAGGUAGAUGCAAGUAUUAGCGUUGAUGUAGGUUAAGUUUUAAUAGAGUUACCAGAAAUAUCCUGGAUUGAGGGAUAAAGUGGCCUUAAAGAGGUCAUGGUUGCUUUUAAUAUUGGGAGAAGCCACCUGUCCUAGGUCCUUAUUCUUGAGAAACUCAUCUUUUCAUGUAAAUGCUGUUGGUGGGCAUACUUCACAGCCUGGAUGGUUGGCCCCUAGCAGUCAGUAAACAGGGAAUUAUAAAAAUUGCCAAAGGUGGGAGUAAUUUUCUCUGACAUAGGUCAUUCAGUGGUGAAAUUUCCAGACUAUCGUGCACGAAGCAUAACUUUAUAAUCCCCCCCACCCUUUCUGAUCU